CUGACAUAAUAGUCAAAAGGACAGUUUGCUGCUGUAGGUAACCAGUGUCGACCUGGAGGCAGUGCUGGCAGGGGGUAACACUCUUCAGCGCCUCACCAACCAACAGAAUUACCAGAAAACAGCGCCAAGAGAUGGACAAGACGGAGCUAUUUAACGACGCGGAGGGGAUGGACGUCGUUGGUCCAACAACUCCAGUGCCGCUCGAUUUGGGUGACGUCAUACUGAAGCUACAUCCUGGAGAUGGUGUUCCUCCCCCAGAUGGUGUAACAACCGGUACCUCAGGUGUAAGCGAGCGGCCAAGUACCUCUGGCUGGAGUGAGACGGAGCCGUACAUCCUCGGCCUUGGGUCUGACCAGGAAACCAAUCCUCGAUUCAGUGUUGGCACCAGUGGGAUGGUCACUCCUGGCACUGCCUUCCCCCCCUUUGAUCCAAGGUUCUCCUUCACCUCGACCCUCGGUACCAUCGAGGACUACAACUUGCCCAUAGAUAAGGACAGGAAGAAGCGGGUGGUGGUCCUGGGCAGCGGGGACUUCGGGCUGGCGCUCAUCACCCGUCUUGUACAUGCUAACUACAGCGUCGUCGUCGCCAGCAGGAACCCUAAUAGAACCAGGGAGCGAGUGACAGCAGCUGGAGGCAUCAUCAUGACACAAGCUGAGGCGCUACAACAAAGCAACUUGGUAAUACUGGCCAUCCCUUUCCCUCACGUCAGCUCCCUCCCUCUGUCAGCCCUCAGGAGCAAGAUCCUGAUUGAUGUCAGCAACAGGGACCCGAAAACUUACAACUCGACGGAGCGCAGUCAGGCAGAGCAUCUGCAAGCACUGGUCCCUUCUGCUACCGUGGUCAAGGCCUUCAACGUGUUGUCUGCCUACUCUCUCUCCAAGGGCAUCAGGGGGAGCAAGGAGGUUCCUGUGUGCAGUGACGACAACCUCGCACGACUCCUGGUGUGUGGGAUAGUGAAGGACCUCGGGCUGGAACCCUUGGACCGAGGGAGUCUGAGGAACGCCCGUGAGGUGGAGGGCAUCCCCUUCAUCUUCUUCCGCGAAUGGAAAUUUGCCUUCAUUGUUUCCAUAAUAAUCUGGUUCAUUGCUUUCUUCAUCAUUUUAUUCGAGUGGCAGCUGUGCAAUAACCUUAGGAACCUCCACAAACCCAACGGAACCUUCGACUGGAGCAGCUUCGACAAUGUGGCCAAAAGCAACCUCUCUAUAUCCUGCUCCUCCACUGCUAUCACCCUCCUGGCCAUCUGUUACCUCCCAGGUGUGAUAGCAGCGUACGUACAGCUGGCGCGAGGUACCAAGUACUCAGAGUUUCCACGUUGGCUGAACAGGUGGCUCAAGGCAAGGAAACAACUGGGCCUGUUGAUGCUGUUUAACGCCUUCAUCCAUGUACUGUGUCAACUGAGCGACAGUGGCGGCUAUGGCCUGGGUCACUCAUCCUACAACUGGCGGAGACCGACGUUCAUCGCUUGUGGGAUCUUGGCCUUCACGAUGGCGGGGGUGCUGGGGCUGGCGUCGCUGCCCUCCGUCGGGACCUCUAUGACGUGGAGAGAGUUUUCCUUCCUGCAGAGUCGUCUAGGCUGGUUCACGCUCUUACUGGCUGCCUUCCACAUCAUCUUCAACGUAUGGGACGGUCUAGUGACGCCUAACUUCACCUGCUACAUUCCUUCCAUAAGCCAGUUCGUGAUUGUGAUGCCGGUGCUGACGUUGGUGCUGAAGCUGCCGCUGUUGUUGCCCUGUGUAGAUAAUGCUCUCACCCGGAUUCGUCAGGGCUUCGAGAGAAUCCCCACACCUCCCAGCGUGUAGUCAGUCACCCAUCUCUCUUCAUCCUCCCUCAAGGGCACCCAGUUUAAAGUAUAACAUAGCAUUUAUAUGUAGGGGUUGUACUAAUUAUCAGUAUUUCAAAGUACAAAAAAAAAACUCAGUGUUUCCUAACAGAAAAGGUUAGAAUCUCUGUUGUACGAAUCAAUGUAAUAAAGUAAUGAAGUGAA